AUGUUCAAUCACAGUGAGACGUUCCGUCCGCUCCUGCAAUUCAACGGCGAUCCAACACAGUCCAGAUUCGUAUUUGAACAGGGCUAUCUUGGCCGGGGCAAGGACGGCGUCUUACUAGAGAUGUCUGCAUCACAUAAUUCGCGUGUUUCUUCAUCGCGCUACCUCUUAUAUGGUCAAGUGUCUGCGAAGCUUCGGCAUGAUCCGUCGUCGGGCUUCGUCACAACGUUUGGGACCGCGUCGGAUGUGGGCGACGCUAUUUUGUUCCGCCUAGGUGGUCCAAACUCGUCGCGUAUUACUACAGACUAUGCAGCCAUGAACACGCCAGCUCAGGAUAUCGGGACUCAGAAGUACAUAAAUAACUUCGAUGUGGCUAAGUGGCACAAUUAUACCAUUGACUGGACACCGGACAAGAUUGAUUGGAGAGUGGAUGGCCAAAGUAUUCGAAGGGUGUACCGUAAAAAGGCUGGCAACAAAUUCCCUGUGUCUCCAUCGCGGGUCCUGUUAACGGCGUAUGGUGUUGGAGCGGACGAUUCAACAAAAGAAAAGCAUUGGGCCAAUGGCACUCUUUCUAUCCAGGAUGAUGGAUAUAAGAAGCGAGGCUACUAUGCGCACGAGUUUGGCUACCUCUCUAUAAGUUGCGCGGAUCCCAACGUAGCCAACGCCAGCGUGUCGGGUGUGGGCAAUAAGCCCGUUGCUUACAUUUAUACUGGAAGGAGAGACAACCAAACCAAUCGGCCUGAAUUUUCUCUUUCCCGCGACCAGAUCCGUGCGCUCCAAGACCCGGCCAAAGAUGGUCCCCUAGGAACACCUGGAAAGCCAGGCAUGUCACCAUAUGGACCCAAACCUAAUAUGUACACGGGUGGAUCUGGCAAUCUUAGCACAACCAGCAGCACUACUGGCGGCGACUCGAAUGAUACAGUGUCUAAUGGUGUGAAGAUUGGCGUACCGGUUGGAAUUGGUGGAGCCGUUUUGCUUGGCGCAUGUACGUUACUCCUCUUUUACUUUUUGCGACGACGCAGUCGUGCUAAGCGUCGCCCCCCUUCCAUUGUGUCUGAGCCGGAGCCAAUGCAGGAAGCCCGAGUAGUGUCACCGGCUUCUCCACAAGUCGCUCCAGUGUUCCAGCAGCAGCACACAGAUUUCAUGCCUGUGACGUUACAGCAACCUUACGGUGUGAAUACGCACUCAUCCGUUCCCCCAAUGGAACAAGCGGGCGAGCACGACGCCGCAAGUGUGCCUCUUCAGCAAGAUGCUCUGUCGAUUCAAUCCAUGACUUGUGAGAAAGGCAAUGAGCAUGAAUUAGAUGAAGCCGCUUUCUACUAUCAGGACCCAUUUGCCGCGCAACCAUCUUACGAGGUGGAUGGUGACUCACAGUCAUAUGUCUCGGAUGAAAAACGCCAUAUGCAUUACGCCGGGCAUGGUGCAAUGCGCCGAUUUUAUCCGCAUCUUUCCGAGGAAGAAAACGAACGCCUGGCUGCACAGGAUGCAUGGGAUGAGCUUCGAGAAGCUGCUAUUGGCGUCACUGACAUGCCGUACUUUAGGGGGCGUCGCGCUCUAUCCUCGGAGUUCGGCGACGAUGAACGUUCGUCAGACCUGUUUAUUUCACCUAAUCGGCAGUCCAGGAGAGCCCAGCGCUCAGGACGCGCACAUCAAAGAGCUGCCUACUCGGAAGGCGGAGCUUUAAGUCCAGUCAUGUCAAGCAUACCUUCAUUUUCCACCCCAUCGCCCCGACUGAAAGGCUGGUAA